CUAGAGCUACUCCAGGCAGCACUCGGGCCAGGCUCCGGGCGAAGUGUGGCAGGCGGGCUCGUCGCGCUUACGUGGCUCUGCGGUGCGGCGGCCCGAGCGGCUCCUCCUGAGGGUACCCCCUUCCUAGUGGUCCAAGGGGUAGUAGGUGCCCCUAGGCUGGAGGCCUCGCUUUUCGGGAGCGCCUCCAGGUGCGCCAAGCGCUCUUCGCAGCCGCCCUGGGAGGCACCAUGUCAGACCCGGAGCACCAGCAGACCCAGGCCCUCACCAAGCCCGCUCUCAGUGAGCCCCAGGCCUCUGCGUUGGUGGAGUCGGUAUUCGGCUUAAAGGUGACCAAGAUCCAGUCUCUUCCCAGCUAUGAUGACCAGAACUUCCAUGUGCACGUUUUGAGGGUCGGGGAGACUGAUGGCCACCCCCUUGAGUAUGUUCUCAAAGUGAACAACACAGAAUCCAGCAAGAACUCAGACCUGGUCGAGGUGCAGAGCCACAUCAUGAUGUUUCUGAGGGCGGAAGCUUUCCCGACGGCUACUGUGCACCCAACUAAAGGAGGCAACCUGACCUCUCUGAUGUCCAUAGACAGUGGCUCUGAGACCAAGAGUUACUUGGUGAGGCUAUUCACUUACCUGCCCGGAAGACCCAUAGCUCAGGUCCCCGUCACUCCGAAGCUCCUAUACGAAGUUGGCAAACUAGCGGCCCAGAUGGAUAGAAGUCUGGAGAAAUUCCGCCACCCAAAGAUGAGCAGCCUGCAUCGGGGGGACUUCAUCUGGAACCUGAGAAAUGUUCCUCUGUUAGAAAAUUACAUUUAUGCCUUGGGCCAAGGCAAAAAUCGAGAGCUGGUAGACCAGGUGCUCAGACGGUUCAAGGAUGAGAUCGUGACAAAGCUGAGCCAUUUUCGAGAAUGCAUCAAUCAUGGGGACCUGAAUGGCUACAACAUCUUGGUGGAGGCCAGCGGCGAAGCCUCGGGAGACCCAGCGUAUCGUGUGUCUGGAGUCCUGGACUUUGAGGACAUGAGCCAAGGCUACUACGUGUUUGAGUUGGCCAUCACCAUCAUGUACAUGAUGAUGGAGAGCAAGGAUUCCCUGGCCGCGGGCGGCCACGUGCUGGCCGGCUUCGAGAGCAUCAUCCCGCUAACAGCUGAAGAAAGGGGGGCUCUCUUUGUUCUGGUGAGCAGUCGGUUCUCCCAGUCGCUUGUGAUGUCUGCCUAUACAUGCCUGCUCUACCCCGAGAACAAAGACUAUCUCACAAUCACUGCUAAAACAGGCUGGAAGCACCUGCAGAACCUGCUCGACGCGGGGCAGAAGGCUGUGGAGGACGUCUGGUUUGAGACGGCCAAGUCCUACACAGCUGUGAUGUCAUAGAAACACAACCCGAGCUUAGUGCUUUGCCCAGACCUGGCUGAAGUCCCUGGCGGCACGGUGCUGAUGUCAUCGGUUAUUAGCUGUCACUGUUAUUACCCACUACGAAGGCAGCUCACCUUUCUACUGCCUCGAGGUUUGCAAAAUAGGCUGGGAAUUAUCCACUGAGCCUGACUUUCCAUAGAGUUUCAUGACACUGUGGGAUGCGGAUUAAUUGGAAUGAUUGAUUUUUAUGUUAACAAUAAUGCCACUGAGCACAGGUCAUCUGUGGGAUCCUCACCUCCUCUAAUUCUCAGGAGAUUGAAGUGAGGAACUGCUGCACACCCAUGAUGAGGGAGGAGCUGCCAGACAUGACCUCAGGCCAGGCAGCGAGCUUCCUCUGGGAUAAAAUGGGGAGAUGGCACCAAGUCUACCCAAAGGCAGGGGGCUCUGCCAGGUGGUAUUUGCUACUGCUUCCUGCUCUGAAAUCUGGGACUCUGUCCUAGCUGGGAAAGGAAUACCAGUGUGACCUCCAUUUAA